AUGAGUGAUAGUUUAAAAAGAAAAUCUCAUGAGAAAUACUCAGAAAGCCGAAAAAGAUUCAAAGGAGCUUUAGAAACUUUAGAAGACAAGAAAGUCGAGCCAAACCGCCCAAAGCGUCGAAAUACAAGCGAACGUAUCAUAAAAAGUGGAAAGCCCUCUCAAAUCUUCAAUUCAAUAAUAGACGGAAAAUGCUCACUCAGCCCAAUAAUCAAUCUAAAACGACACAAAAAACUUUUAUCUAAUCAAAAUCGGCCGCCUGACGAAAUUCAAAGCCAAAAUCCAAAAUCAAACAUUGAACUAGCUGAUGCUUUUAAAAAGAUAAGUAAAAUCCCAGACACCAAAAUAUUGAUUAUUGAAGAAGAAGCUAGCAUCGAUAUCAUUCCUAAAUAUACAAGCCAAGAAAAUGUUAUAUUAUACGAAGAAGAAAUAAUGGAAGAAAACAAAAUUUUGCUAACACCUAAUCUCAUUGAAAGAUCAAAUUCCCCAGUAAGGGCUUUUGAUGACAGCUGCUGCACACCAGUUUCCUUUGUUAAGGUACCGAGUUCUUGUAAAAGGAAAAAAGUGAUUAAACAUAAAAGCAAGAUAGAAGAAGAAAUUAUAAAAUUUAAUAAUAAGUUAUAG